ACGUGUUCGUGUUAUCGUUAACGAUUCUAAAUGACCAACAACCUCAAAAGUGAAUUAAUUUAUUGAAGUUUUAUCGUUAUUUAAAGAUAAAUAUUGAUGAGUUUGUUAUUAAAUAUAUUGUUAAUUGUGUAUAUUUAUUAAGUAUAUCGUUGUCAUGAUGGAAUUAGAAAAACAAUGGGAACUAUAUAAUCGUUCAGAAUUAGAAGCAAUGUUGGAACGAAUUGAAAAUGAAUUACCAGAUGAAUUGCUUUAUGUAAACACAACAAGGAUACCAGUAACACAGCCAAAAUUAACACCAGCUCAAAGUCAAAUGUCAAUUCCAUCACCAACAGUUGUACAACAACAACAAUAUAAUUAUCAACAGCAGCAACAACAACAUAAUUCACAACAACAACAACAACAACAAGAAAAUCAGUAUCAUGAUUCAGAUGUCUAUCAAUACAUUCAACAAGAACAAAAGCUUCAUGCCCAAAAAAAUCAGCAAAGUUCACAACAAUUUACUCAUCAACAAUCCAAUAUGUCAGCUCUGUCAAGCCAAGAGUCAAAUCCAGUGAUAAAAAUUGAAAAAGAAGAAGUAAAUGAAGAUUCACAACAAUUUAGUCAUCAACAGCCAAACAUGGUAACUCUGUCAAGACAAGAACCAAUUAAAAAUGAAUUUAAUUAUUCAAAUAAAAUGAUAAAAGUUGAAAUGAAUGAAGUAAAUCAAGAUUCACAACAAUUUACACAUCAACAGCCAAAUAUGGUAUCUCAAUCAAGACAAGAACCAAUUAAAAAUGAAUUUAAUAAUUUAAAUCAAGUGAUAAAAGUUGAAAUGAAUGAUACAAAUCAAUAUAAUUAUUCACAAAAUCAACAAAUACAACUGAUACAGCAACCACAACAAUUAGUACAAAAAUCUCAAUCAAAUUUUGCACCAAGACGACAAUUAAUUACCAUACCAAGAUCACAAUUAAAUGCUUUACCAAGAAAACAAUUAAUUGCUGUUUCAAGAUCACAAUUAACUGCAAUACCAAAGUCACAAAUUAUAAUGAGUAAAUCAAAUCAAGUUGUUAUUCAAAGACCACAACAAAUUCUUGUACAAAGAUUACAACAAUUAGCACCAGGUCAAAGAAUGCAACAAAUUAGAGUACAAAAUCAAUUGCAACAACAACAACAACAACAACAACAACAACAACAACUACAACUACCACCACCACCACCACCACCACAAUAUCAACAACAGCAACAACAACAGCAACUACAACGACAACAACAACAACAACAACAACGUGUUGUUCUCAGUCAAAAUUCUGUUCAAUCAGGUAUACCAGUUCAAAAAAUAUCACCAGAAACAAUUAAAAGAUUUCAAAAUCAAUUGAAAAUGAUUGUUCAUUCAAAUGUGUGUAUGCAAACAGAAGCCAGAGCUAAAUUAAAUAAUCAAACUUAUCAAUGCUCAGUAGCAAAAUGUUCUAACAUGAAAGAAAAAUUAAAUCACAUGAAAACUUGUUCUCCAAACUCUGCCUGUAAAGAUGUACAAUGUGGAUUAUCAAAAAAACUUAUUGAACAUUAUAAAGACUGUAAAGAAUUAAAUUGUCAAUUAUGUGGAGAUUUAAAAAAAAAAAAAGUUAUGCAAUUAACAAGAAAUCGCACAAUGCAACCAGUAAGAAUUCAGCCACUAACACAACAAUUAAAUGAUUUUAAUAAUUAAUA